ACUUGCAUUGCAAAAUAGACGAAAAAUUAGACACAAAGAAAAACGCAGAAAAUAAGCGCAACAACUUGUCAAAAGUUUAUUAUUAUUAUUUAUUUCCAAACCCACUACCCACAAGUAUCUAGUAGAACAACACGCAAAAAACAAAAUCAAAACAAAUAAAAAUUUUCCACUAGAAAAAUACCCUUUUUUGGUGACAAGAGAAAGAUAAAUCUAUCCAUACUCGUAUUGAGUGCGUAUCUAUGGAAUUUAGUGAAACUUUGGAAGAAUUGGACGAUGAGACUUACGAUGAGGAAAAAAUGGCCAGAACAUCAGAUGAGAAUCGAAAGCAAAAUCACAGUGAAAUCGAAAAACGACGGCGGGAUAAAAUGAACACCUACAUCAAUGAAUUGUCCUCCAUGAUACCCAUGUGCUAUGCCAUGCAUCGUAAACUAGAUAAAUUGACCGUUUUACGCAUGGCUGUACAGCAUUUGCGUAGUAUACGUGGUGCCGUACACGCCUACAGCGGUGGUGACUGUAAACCAACAUUUCUCUCAGAUCAAGAAUUGAAAAUGUUAAUACUGCAGGCAGCUGAGGGAUUUCUAUUUGUAGUGGGUUGUGAUCGAGGACGUAUAUUGUAUGUCUCGGAAUCGGUAUCAAAUGUUUUGAAUUAUACACAAACAGAUUUAUUAGGACAGAGUUGGUUUGAUGUUCUACAUCCGAAAGAUGUGGCCAAGGUUAAGGAGCAGUUGUCCUCGCUGGAUCCGUGUCCGAGGGAAAGAUUAAUCGAUGCUAAAACCAUGCUUCCCGUUAAAACCGAUAUACCACAAAGUUUAUGCCGCCUAUGUCCGGGUGCCAGAAGAUCCUUCUUUUGUCGCAUGAAACUAAAAGCCGCCAGUAGUAGUCAGAUUAAGGAAGAGUCUGAUACAUCGUCAAGUUCCCGCAGUUCCACCAGACGUAAAUCGAAGUUAAGCAUGGAUGAGAAAUAUCGGGUAAUACAAUGUACCGGCUAUUUAAAAUCCUGGGCCCCCAUCAAAGAAGAAAAUCAAGAUGCUGACAAUGAAGAUCAAAUAACAAAUCUCUCCUGCUUAGUGGCCAUUGGACGCAUACCCUCUAAUGUCAUGGAAGAUAAAUCAACAUCCUCCCUGGAUAAUCAUCCCAAUGUAAGGCAUGUUAAUUUUCUAUCCCGACACUCGGUGGAUGGUAAAUUUUUGUUUAUCGAUCAAAGAGCCACUUUGGCGGUGGGUUUUUUACCUCAAGAAAUCUUGGGCAGUAGUUUCUACGAAUAUUUUCAUCCCGAGGAUAUACCCGCCUUGGCUGAAUCCCAUAAAAUGGUUUUACAGGUGGCCGAAAAAGUCACAACCCAAGUUUAUCGUUUUCGCUGCAAGGACAAUCGUUUUAUACAACUGCAAAGUGAAUGGCGUGCAUUUAAAAAUCCUUGGACCACAGAAAUUGAAUAUAUAAUGGCUAAGAAUUCGGUAUUUUUAUAAGCAUUUAGAAUGAAGUAUUCCGUAAAUAUUUUUUUAAUCUCGAUCAAAAAAUAAAUCCUAUAGAUGUGUGAGUGUGAAAGAAA